UUCAUCUUCUCCACCACUUACACGAAACAAAACGGUAAGUCAUCUCAUCUACGCAGGAUUAGACAUAUAUACAUAAACAUAACAUCAAACGCCAUGUCGUAUUCAAGAUCAAAACGUUCAUUGGAGAUUGAGUUAAUAUCAGCGGAAGGACUCAAGGUAAAUGGAAAACCGGUGAAGAGGCAGACAUUCGGCGUGGUCAGAAUAGAUCAAGAGACUCAUCACAAAUGUAAAGUGGAUGAACAGGGUGGGAGCUAUCCUAUUUGGAAAGAUAGAAUCAAGACCGAGAUGGCUGUAGACGGGAGUGUAAGAUUUAUCUCUGUAGAGGUUUUCUAUCUAACAAGUGGCGGAGCCAAGAAGAGUGUUGGAGUCGCCAAGAUUCCGGUGACGGAUUUCAUGGGAGGAUUCACUCCUCAGGGGCAUUUGAAUUUUUUGAGUUAUAGGUUGAGAGACGAGUAUGGAGAUAAAAGUGGUAUCGUUAAUGUGUCAAUAAUGGUAAAACCUGACGUUAACGAUGUCAAAUAUGUGUCGCCGUCCCCUUUGAUGGUGCCUUCGUUGGGUUACACUGCGUGUUCUUCUCAGGCUGCUAAGGCGGUGAAUGGUCAAAUGUGGAGACCAACGACAUCUUCAUCAAUGGCUACGACAAUUGGCUAUGGUGGUCGUGUUGUGACUGGAGUUCCUGUUAAUUGGCCGACGUAUCAACGACGGUUGUAAUUCUUUAUUUUUCUAACAUGUUUGUCUGAACAGAUAAUUCUUCAUAUUUUUUUACCAUGUACUUACUAUUCUUAAAAUUGGGGUUCUGGGUGAAAAAAAAAUACGUUUGAUAAAUCAUGAAAUAUUAUAAAUUUAUUUAUUAUGAAAUAAAUAAAAAGGUUCAUUUUA